AUGAAAAUGCGUCUCUCUAUUUUCGUGGCCACGCUGCUGGUCCUUCAACUGUCGCCUACGCCUGCGAAUUCAAAAUGGUUUUCGAAAGUUGGCACAAAAAUUGGGAAUUCGCUGGGCAAGGGUGCCGGAAAGGUGGGCAAGGGUGCCGGAAAAGCGGCGCUUGCAGUGAUCGCAGGGAUGGCCGUUGAGGCCAGCGCUAGUGCCCUUAUCGAGGAAGCAAAUCAUAUAGACACGCCUCGUGAACCAACAUUGGAGUCAGAGUCAAAAGAGGAGCUGUGGCUGGCAAAAGUCGAAGCUGGGAUAGAUAGAAUUGAGCAGAGGAACAGUGUGCAUCACCACUUUGCGGACUACACCAGGGAUUCGAUUGCAGAAAAUAUGGAGCAAAACAUUCCAAUUAUGGCCAAGAUGAAGGAUAUCCAUGAUGUCAUGAAUGACAUCUCUUUGCGCUACCAGUGGAUGCAGAUUUACGGAGAGUCGAGGCUCUUCGAAAAUUUUACUUUAAUCAAAUUCGCCGAGGACAGUCUUUCGGCAAUCCAUCAGAUAGACAGGAUUCAUACAACGCUCCUCGGAAGGGAGGAAAGAGCCCAUGUAACGCCCAAUAACCUUCUGUUUCAACUGCAAGCCAAAUUAAAAGGCUCAUCAUAUCACGUCUGCAAAUCGCAACAGUCUGCCCAGCAGUUUUUUUACCUGCUAUUCAAGGACAUCGCCAUCACCGAAUUGAAGGCCCACGCCAUGAUUGAGUUCUCCUGGCUGCUGCUCAAGCAAUUUGAACAGGGAGAAUUUACCGAGGAGAAGAGGGUGAUACGGGAGGCCCUCAAGCGGAGGACAAGCCGCACUCUGAGGAUGUUUAAGGACGUGAUUAGCAGAGCAGAUCGCACCGUUUGGCGAUGCGAUCCGACACACCACACGGCGGGACUCACCUACGAGGAGGUCACCCGCCUCCUACAAGGCUACAUAGAGAACGAGGUGGAUCUGCACGAGGAUGGGAGAUGUCGAUACGAGUGCUCCCGCUACCAUAACACCAGAACUCACGGAUGCUACCACAAUCAGUUCUGCUCCAAGCAGACAAAGUGUUCUGGUCGCGUGCACAACUGCCAGUAUGUGGAAUACAAGAUGCAGGUGUGUCAGGCUCCUCAGGACUCCACCAGGCGAUAUGAGUUUAUCCAUUAUGAGAGCGGAUAUAGGUUUGGUCCUGGAGGUCAGUGCGCCAGAUACCUAGACAAAGCAAGCGGCUGGCGUCGCUGGGUAUUCUGGAAAUGCACCUACUGCAUGUGUUUAUGCGAUGAGCAGGGCCCCAAAUCCGAUCGCUAUUUUAACCUGCGACCCGUGAAAGCCGAUGUGGAGCACAACAGAGUUGUGACUGGUCUUCGUUUCGUAAAGCGGAAUCGUGUAUUUCAUCUACAAAUCCAGGAAGGAGAGCUCCUACCCGAGGGAGCCAUCAACCAGACCACUCUCCAGUGGAAGCCCGUGGACGAUUACAGGAUCACCGAUAGGAAUCUGCGACAGGGUAUCGAUUACAACAUGCUGACCUACGACAGGCGCUCCAUCGAUCUGGAUGAGCUGGAACCAAGGGAAACCAACUCGCUUAUAACCGGGAUAAGGUUUCGAAUCAUUGGAGAUCAUUUGCAUCUGGAGGCUCAAUACUCUCAGUUCGAGUUCCACAGCGGCAAGCUAAUCGAGCCAACGAAGAAAAGUUAUUGGGAGACAAUGUCUAGUGAUCAGGAAAGAGAAAAAUUGCCCCUGAGAGGCACCCAUAUGUCCACACGAACCACCGCCUCCUCGAUUGUGUUCUCCAGCAGCAUGCAGUACAUCGAUUUCACCCAUACGGGCUUCGAGCAGGACGUCGCACAGACCACCGUGCCUUUUAUCGACAUCCAAGACGUGGUCUCAAAUCCACCGGUGCCGCUGUCCGGCAUAGGAAUCUACUACAAGGGUCGCCAAGGCUACGGGGGCUUCCUUGGGCCCAAGAUUGUAAACUUCGAUUUUGCUUCGUACCUACAAUGA